AUGGCGAACAGCUACUUCGAGCUUCUACCACUUAUCGACGCUAAGGACGAAGUGCUGGCUACGCUAAUUCCUCCGGCAGCAUCCAAGCGGCGGUUGCGGGACCUGCUCGACGAGCUGAAGAAGGGCGUGACGUCCUUGCUGAAGGCAUUCCAAGGCACGGACGCAAACCUUCUUCCGGCCACGUCUACCGACAAGGGUGCACAAGAAGAGAAGGAUGAAGAAGCCAGCACCGCCUUCGCGGAGCUGGAGCAGAAAUGUCGCCGACUGGAGUACGCGCCAAGGACGAGUCACCAGGACGCUGUGGAGAAGCGCCCGAUUGGCAUCAAGUUGGACAUGGAGCGCUGUGCCCAAGGGAGGAAACGGGACCAGAGCUUCAGUACGGAGUGGAACGGGAUCGAAAACGAGGAAGCAAUAACGAUGGGGAUGACUAAGUAUCUGGGAUACCCGCGCGACAACUCACAUGAAGCCAAGCUCAUUCACAAGAAUCAGCCGUCCGUUAUCCAAUACUGGAACGGCGAGGAGGAACCACCUUCAGGCUGCAUCAGUCGAGAAAUCGUGUUCCUGGUUUUCAACACUAGGAACUUUGACAACACCGACUUGACAUUCUACGAGACGGUUGAGGAUCUGGCGGAGGAAAGCGAGGCCGAAGUUGUCAACAACUUCUUGUAUGACCACAACAGGCUGGGCGUGAGGCGCGAUGCUCGGCUGCCGUGGAUUCAGUUGCUGUUCUUGUGGCGGGGGAUCAUGGUCCCCCUGAACAUCGUUUACACGAGGUCGCUGCACUAUUUAGCGAUUUUGUAUGUUCCUGCGCUGACGAGGUUGCUGAAAGGCGUGUACAUGAGGUGCACCACCCAGCAACUCUCUGUGAUUGAGCAGCUCGGACUCGAGGACACGCCGUUCUUGAUAGAGAGGAACUUGACGCUGCUGCUCGGCGGUAUGAGCGCGUCGCGGCUGGUAGUCAUCCACCGGACCCUGUCGGCCGCAGUGGGCCGGGGACCCAUCGUCAGCAUGACACUGUCGGUUGUGGCAGGCAGACAGCUUGCCUUCAUCCAGCUCCCGCCGGCGAGUCUCAUCCUCCUUAUCUUCUAUGGAAUCGACCGGUCACCUGCGCUGUUGCUCGUCACCGGCUUGACGUUACCAGCGGCGACGCUGCUAUUGUUGUUGUUGCCACUGCUGACGACGUCGACGCUGCUCAUCCUCCACCUGGAGCUGCUGAAUCGACUCAAUCUCGUGCUCGUGUGGACAGUCACCACCACGAGGGCCACCACGAGCAUCGGGAAGGAGUGCUAG